CUCCCGCCCAUGUCUGAUGAAUGCUGCGUACCAGAAGUAACGUUGGCAUAUGGUCUCGCAUGCGGAUUGUCCAUGUCAGUCUGGAAUCCACCCUGUGGUCUACCUCCCUGUUGCGGCCUGACACCCGACUGGUUAUUUGCAGCUGUGAUCUUCAGCGCCUCAAUAGCGGCAGCUGUGCCUAUGUCGUCAUUGGCCAUUGGCUUAUCAUCAUUACCAGAACUACAAGAAGCGUUAGUCGAUUCAACCCAAUUUGAUAAAACAUUCAUUAGCAAGAGCCUACCCAUGAGCCUGAGCGUGAGUGGAGAAAUGAGAGUUGUACACCUCUUCGUCGAACUCGCCCGAGGGGUGAGGCUGGUAGCGGACUGGAUUAGAGGGAUCACCAUGAGCGGCUGUGUUAUCUGGACUGUGUGAGUAGGGCUGCGCUAAUCGACCUGGCGGAGGCCCAUUGUAA